GUUGUCGAUUUGGCUGGUUUGAUAUUUUACUGCUGCUCUAUAUAUCGUUUAACAGUUUGGCUUGAAUAUUUAACAAAGCCUGAAAUAGAAAGGAAAAAAUACAAGUACAAAAUAUCAGUGUCCUUUAAUUGAAAGUUUUGUUGUUUUUUAAAGAAAAUAAAAUAAAUUUUCAUCAUCAUCAUCAUCAUCUAUUAUAGUAGUCCAAAAUAAUUGAAAUGACAUUUUUACGUAAAUUUAUUCGUUUACAACAACAACAUAAAACAUUACAAUGGAUGAAAUUACCAUUAAUGUUAAGUCGAUGUCAAUAUCAUGGUUAUACAAAUGAACCAACACAUCCAAUACCUGGACGACAACCAAAAUCGAUGACCGCUGAUGAAGCUGUUUCUGCUGUAAAAUCCGGUGAUCAUGUAUUUAUACAUGGUGCUGCAGCCACACCAAGAGCACUUGUACCUGCAUUAGCUGAACAUGGUAAAAAAAAUAAACUAAAAGAUGUUCGUAUCCAUCAUAUACAUACAGAAGGUGCAGGUGAAUAUAAUGCUCCUGAAUUUGAAGGAAUUUUUCGUUCCAAUUCAUUAUUCACUGGUGCUAAUUCACGUGAAGCAAUCAAUGCUGGUCGUGCUGAUUUUACUCCAAUUUUUUUGGGUGAAAUUCCAAAGCUUUUUUAUCAGGGCAUAAUUAAACCAGAUGUUGCUAUGGUAACUGUUUCACCGGCUGAUGAACAUGGUUAUCAUUCAUUGGGAACUUCAUGCGAUGUUGCACGUGCUGCAUUAAUGCAUUCAAAAUAUAUUAUCGGUCAAGUGAACAAAUUUAUGCCACGAACAUUUGGUCAUUCAGUUGUACAUCAAUCACAUUUUGAUGCCUUAGUUGAUGGUCCGCUUCCAAUGCCGGAUCAUGCACCGAAAAAUUUAACAGAUACUGAGAAAAAAAUUGGACAAUUGAUUGCUGCAAAUCUUGUGGAAGAUGGUGCCACUAUGCAGAUGGGUAUCGGUGCCAUUCCGGAUGCUGUACUUGCCGAUUUGGUUAAUCAUAAAAAUCUUGGCAUUCAUUCUGAAAUGUUUUCCGACGGAGUUGUUGACCUUUGUAACAAAGGUGUAAUUACUAAUUCGGAAAAGAAAUUACAAGUUGGACGAAUUACAGCAUCGUUUUUGAUUGGAUCGAAAAAAUUAUACGAAUUUGUCGAUAACAAUCCUUUUAUUGUUAUGAUGGGAAUUGAUUAUGUCAAUGAUGAAUUUAACAUUGCCCAAAAUCCCAAAGUGACUGCAAUCAAUUCAUGUAUCGAAGUGGAUAUUCUUGGUCAGGUUUGUGCUGAUUCUAUUGGCACUCGUGUAUAUUCAGGUUUUGGCGGUCAAGUUGACUUUUUACGUGGUGCUGCUAAAGGUUUAGAUGGUAAAGGAAAAGCUAUUCUGGCCAUGCCUUCAGUUACUAGAAAAGGUGAAUCAAAAAUAUCCAUUAGCCUAAAACCCGGUAAUCGAAUGGACAGUGGUAAUAUGGUCGGCGAUAAUCGCGCACCAUGUCGUGUUCUUAAAUUUCAUGAAAAAUUCUCAUCGCCAUCACGACGUCGCCCUGUUGGUGAUACGUUAAAAAAACAAGAAGAAAAACAGGCAAAAGCACAAGAAGCAAGGGAAAAAUUGUUGGAAAAAAGAGCGGAAAAAUUCAAAGAUAUAUUCAAAAAAGUUGAAGAAAUCAAAGCUCAAAAAGAAGAACAACAGAUACAGCUAAGAUUAUCUAUGGAGAUGAGAUUACAAAAAGCGGGCAAAAAACGACAAGAACAAAUAAAUAAAAUUGUUCGAAAAGCUCAUGAUGAAGAUGAAAAAGUUAGUGAAAUAUUGUUUAUUAAUUCAUUGGGAGCGGAUACAAAAAAGCAUGAAAUUUUUAGCAAAGAAAAAGUUCAUGAAUCAAGAUUACAAGAUUUACAAGAAGAACGACAAAGAAAAUUGGAAGAAAAAGCAUCGAAAGAAAAAGCAUUCGAGGAAAGACGAAAAGCAAUCGAAGCCGAAAAACAGGCCAGAAUUGAAAAACUUAAAGAACAACGAAAGCUAAAAGUAAUGAAAAUUCAACGACAAUUUCAGGAAAAGGAAAAAGAACGUCUUGAAUUAGCAUUUCAAAAAGAGUUGGAUCGAAAAUCAAAGAUAUCAGCGCUAAAUGCAUUACAUGCUGCCGAAAAAGAAGAACUACAGAAAAAGAUUCUGGCCAAACAAGAAGAAAGCAAACGAAGACAUGAAGAAAAUAUGGAACAAAUUCGUCAAAAAGCAUUAGAAUUAUCGGUGAAAAAAUCUUCAAGUACCAGUGAUGAGGCAUUAGUCUGUGUACCUUAUGAUACGGUUAAAAUGUGUGCCCUCUGUAAAGUAAUUAUCAAAUCAGAAGUUUACCUAUUUGGACAUUUGAGGGGUAAAAGACACAAUGACGCUAUAAUCAAACAAAAUGAUGGAAAAAUUCCUAGUCCAGAGGAAUUGGAAAAUUUUAAUCUAAAAUUUAUAAUUGAUGCUCAAGCUCUUGGUGAUGGCAAUGAUGAUUAUUUGAAAUCAUUCCAGGAUUGUGAUAGCGAAAAAUUAAAACAAGCGAAGAAAAAAUCCAAAAAACUUAAACAAAAAUUGGUUAAUAAAGCUGUAGAUUUUGAAAAAACAUUCAAUCUUGAAAAAGAUGUUCAAAAUUCAGAAAUUGAAAAUAUUUCAAAAGAAUCAAAACAAAAACUUGCCAAAAUAAUCAAAGAUCUUGGUAUAUUGAGUUCUUUGGCUAAAUUGCUUAACUUAUCAUCGUCCGAUGAUUUCCAUGAAAUUGCUUAUGGCGUCAAUUUGAAACAUGAUGGAACUCAAUUCAUGUUAACGCUUAAGGUUACACAACUUUGCGGUACUGUAUCAUUGCUAUAUGGAUUUCUAUUACAUUCCGGUGCUCCUGUUCGUGAAGAAAAAGUUCCGGCAAUUGUGCCUGAUCAUACAUUGAAUGUUGCAUUAGAAAUAAUACGCUUUUUCAACUAUUUAAUGUUACUUGAUAUUAACCUAAUUCAGUCGAUUUUAGGAAGUGAAGGACUUUCUUUACAGAUACGACACAUUUGUAGCUAUUUGAUUUGGUAUUGCUCACAUCAUCUGAACAAUUCAGAUUUGCUCAAUGAAGUCAUUUUGUUGAUUGGAAAUUUUGUCGUGCUUAAUAAUGAUAAUCAAACAUUGCUGCAAUCAGGACAAAGACCAACCGUCGUACAACAAUUAUGUUCACUGCCAUUCGACUAUUUUAGCGAUAAUCGUUUGAAACAGAUUCUUUUUCCCACACUGAUUGUUUGCUGUUUCAACAAUGAUGAUAAUCUAAAUAUUUUGAAACAGGAAAUGUCUACAACAAUGUUGUCGAAAUUUAUCGAUCAGGAAAUCAUGAACAGCCAACUGGAUCAAUUGGAAAAUGAUCGACGACAGAAUAACAUAAUCGCCAAAAAAUGGUCAUUACCGAUACGGUUUCCUAAGCACAAAUGGAUCGAAGCAAAAACAUAUUUCCAACGUUUUAAAUAAUUUUUAUUUGUAUAUUUAUUUUUUUCGGAAUUUAUUAAAAUUUAAAAUAAUUUAAAUGAGGAAAUUAUUAUAGAUGGUGUUCCUAAUGCGAAUCUUUCUUUAAAAAAAAACUAAA